GUGGCGCAGAGCGGACAGAGGCUGACGGGCCACAGCAGAGAGUAGAAGGCCAUGCCGGAAGCAGCGCCUUUCAUCACUGGAUCUGGGACUGCUGGACUAAGUUGGGCUGAUAAUAAGUCCAGAGUGUCGUGCUCUGCGACUUCAAGCACCGCUGGAGUUGGUGCAGUGCCGACAACACAGUGUUUUGCAAAGUUAAGAGCACGUUUGUCCUGUUCAUCCCGGCCAGAGAGCAGUGCACAGUGCUCUGGCAAGUAUUACCAAGUGCCCUGCCAUGUCCCCGGCCUCUGUCAUGUGUGCGGUGUGUGUUGUGUCCAGCGGCACCCCAGCACCCCUAGUAACGAGAGCACCAGCCGUGGCGUAAAAACCUGUUCCUGCUGCUGCUGCUGCUGCUGCUGUUGCUGCUGCUUCCCCCACGCCCCUUACUCCAAGGAAACAGAGACGGGUCAGGCUCCGCGGGGCCUGAUUUCCAGACUGGCGGAGUCGUGCCACGGGACAAAAAUCAUAUGGAGGAAAGUGUUGUACGUGCUUUACCGGUUGCGACAGGUGCGCCACAAGGUGUGUUCGAAAAUGGGUCACCUGCAGGAGCUACGACAUCGACUGCGGCGAGUCAGAAAGGUUCUAUACGUAUGCGAGGGGAUGAACAACAGCAUGGGAGAUGCCAUGGCUGCUCAUGCCCGGGACCGCAGCACCCGCUACCAGAGUGUACAGCAGGACACCACCUUAGGCUUCCCAUACCAAGUUCAGAGACCUGAUGGCGAGGAAAGAUAUCCUUCCAAGAAGCCACAUCCUGCUCCAGACCAGGAGAUACUAAGGGAGUACAUCAAGCCACCUGCCAACAAAACCCUGUCUGAUGUAAAUGUAAAUGGACCUCACCAUUCGUGUUCUGUUGGAGGAUUCCCUACGCAGCCUGAGUGUGGGCUUGGACACAGUGGAAUACACUCCUAUCGUUACUCAGCUCCAUUAGAUGCGCAGUCUCCUCACUCUGCAGUGUCAGGAUCAUCAUCAUCAUCAUCAUCGUCGUCGUCGUCGUCGUCAUCACUUCAAACCUGGGGAGGUAGAGAUGAGGGCCAGACUUCUAGGAGUAGUCGAAAUCCACUAGUGCGCAACUGUCUCGCUCCAUUCACUUCGGGCAGAUUUGACAGAUCUCCACAAACGUUCCAUCACGAGUCAAAUCGACGAAGAAACAGACACCAAGGACACUUGGGAACAAAUUCCCCAUCUCCUUCACAUGACCAAAAUAUUCCCAUACCUUACUGUCCAACCACCAAUACUUUAGCGGAAAUUACUAUGUUGUCAGUACCGUGUGGGCCCUCAACUCACAGUCCCAGUCAUCAAGGAGGACCAAGUGAAUCCCAAGGUAUUAAUGUGGGGAGUUUGGGAGUGCAGGGGGAUCUCUCACACCCAUUUGGACAGUCUUCUGAGUUACCCUGUAGUCCACCAGCAGAGCCUCAACAUCCGCCCUUAUAUAGUGACGUGAUAGAAAAUAACAGCUUAUAUCGAAGUGCUAGUAGACCCUCAGAACAAAGGACAAAGAGUGGGAAAAUAUGACCAACAAGUCUUUUCCUUAGUCUUUCAAGCAUACUUUAUUAUAUCACUUAAGAUGUACUUGUUGUAAUGAAAGUUGUUAUGUCCUUCGGGAUGUGAUAGUGAGAAUACAGCGCUGAAGCCAGCAGAUGUCAUGGUGCUCAGUGAUGGUGGGCUAGUUUUAAAGCUCACUCCUGUGCAUGACCAACUGCCAGCAUGCAUGUGCACGAGUGUGUAAGGGCAGUAAUGUUUGCUCUUUUAUAUGCACAUUAAGGUGCAUGUAGGUAGGGCAGGGAUGUAUGCCAUUGGCCCCACCAGUGGUGGGACUGAUGCACACAAGGACCAGAGCAGUUGGGACCAGCUGCUGUUGCAAUGGAUGAAGGAAUCACCAGUGCCUGGGGUCCCAAGGACCAGUGCUAUGGUGUCUGGCAGCAGUGCAGCUAUGCUACACACUGCUAUGCACUGCUUGCGGUCACCAAUUAUGGCUCACACAGUGUAUUGUAAGAGUGCUGCAGCAUUUCCAGGGCCAAGUCCCAUAUGUGAUAGGCCUUCUUUCUUAAUCUCACAAGACAGGUGAUGGAGUGUGGUGCAUGGCAAUGGCUGUGGGAGUGUGGCUGGGCAACCUGUAAAUGUACAGAUAAGGUGGCUCAUAACUAUACAUACUGUAAUUUGUAUUCCUGGUAAAUCCAAAGGUGAAUAUUGAUUGUAACCAGUGUUACUGUUUCAAAAUGCUUUUCCUGCAGUUAGGUGGGGUGAGACAGGUUGAAGAGGUGGUAGCAUGAAUGUGGCGACAGCUCUGUCGCUACAGAUCCAUGUUCCUUCCUUUUAUAAUAUACUGUACUGUCUGAAUACUGGUUGAUCUGGUUAUGAACACUUGAAAUAAUUUCAUGUCAAUAAAAAAUUUCAUAACAUUCUGGUAGUGCACCAAUCAUUCACUGGAAUGGAAUAUCUACCUAUUAUUUAUUUAUUAUUUUUCACUGUACUAACAUCUGUACAAACUGUUAAUGAAAACACACACACACACACACACACACACACACACACACACACACACACACACACACACACACACACACACACACACACACACACACACACACACAGAGUUCACCAGCUCAGUGUUAACAUCCUGGGCAGGCUGAGUUUUCACUUCAUGCUGAAGGUGCUAAGGGUUUUCACUGAUGAGUGUACAAUUACUGUCCUCCUUGAGCAAGAGGAUAGGAUGUGUGUUGUGUGAAAAAUCACAAUUUAACCCAAAGAAUGGACUGUAUGAGCUCUAAGCUCUCACCUGAAGGAUAAACAGCUGGUAAUUACAGUCAAGCAUGGGAUAAUUUAGACCAUGGCUGAACAACACACACAAACAUGCACUUUAUAUCCCCAUGCAUUUUUACAUAGAAAUUUACCAUUCUACACAUUAGACAUAACACAUUAGUACACACACAUCUACCCCUGCGCAUUCAUGAUUUGUGUGUGUGUGUGCACAUAUUUACUACAACACUUACACUUACACUUACACACUUACACUUACACUUACACACACAUAUGCACACACACAAAACUUUACUGAAAAAGAGUACUUACAGACAGGAAAAUAUGAUUUUUGUUUAUAAAUCCUGUUUACUAUAUCAGGGAAAUCAAUCAUGACUCAAUUCCUGUAAACAAACCUUUAUAAACACAAAUACAUAUUAACUAAACCUCUAUAAACACACACACACACACACACACACACACACACACACACACACACACACACACACACACACACACACAC